AUGUCAGAAAAUACUGUAUUAGAUAAUGAUCAAAACUCAAAUCCCGAUUCAGAAGAUAACUUUGGACCCCUGCCUUUAGUUAAUGAUGGUCAAGAUCUUACUGAGAAAAAUGAAAAAACGGAUCAAGGAGCAUCUGAAAACGCCAAUAAAAGGAAAGUUGAGGAGCAUGUUGAUAAAGUGGAUGAUGAAGAAUGGGUAGGUCCAUUGCCUUCUGAAGCAGCUUCGUCCAUGCCUACAAAAAAACGAAAAGUUUUAGAACAUGAGCAUUUAUAUUUAAAUAAUUUACCGUGGUGUGAAACUUAUGAAAAAAGUUACAUGCACAGGGACGUUAUAACUCAUAUUUUGUGUACUAAAACAGACUUUAUCAUAACAGCCAGUUGUGAUGGUCAUGUUAAAUUUUGGAAAAAAAUGGAUACUGAUAUAGAAUUUGUUAAGCAUUUUCGAAGUCAUUUAAGUGCUAUAAAUGAUAUGGUUGUUAAUUCCAAUGGAUUAUUUUUAUGUACUAUUUCAAUGGAUAAGUCAGCCAAGGUUUUUGACGUCAUGAAUUUUGAUAUGAUUAAUAUGAUGGAAUUAAAUUUCGUACCAUACAGAGCUGAAUGGAUUCAUAGUCCACGUGAACCAAUAUUUACAAUAGCAAUUUCAGACAUGGCAUCAACUAAUAUUUGCAUUUAUGAUGGAAAAGGAACAAAUAUUCCACUUUUAAUUAUUGAUAAUAUCCAUGCUAAUCCCAUAGUUGUUAUGAAAUAUAAUGUUAAAUAUGAAACUGUAGUUUCAGUGGACAAAAGUGGCAUUAUUGAAUACUGGGGAACGGCUAAAUGUGAUUAUCAAAUGCCAAAAUUUUUAAAAUUUGAAUCAAAGUUGGACACAGAUCUGUUUGAGUUUGCAAAAAAUAAAACUUAUCCUGUAGAUAUAUGUUUUUCAAAAGAUGGAAAAAAAUUUGCCACCAUUGCAUUAGAUAGGAAAAUAAGAGUUUUUAGGUUUUUAACUGGAAAAUUAAUAUUAAUUAUUGAUGAAACAUUAUCUAGAUUUACUGAAUUACAACAAACGAGACAACAAUUACCUAAUAUGGAAUUUGGUAGAAGAAUGGCUGGUGAAAGGGAUUUAGAUAAAUCUGAAGCCAUUCAUUUAACAAAUAUUUUAUUUGAUGAAAGUGGUAACUUUAUUUUAUAUGGAACCCUAUUAGGAGUUAAAAUAAUAAAUAUUAUCACCAAAACUUGUGUCAGAAUCUUGGGUAAACCUGAGAACCUUAGACCUUUAAAAAUUGCUUUAUUUCAAGGAUAUGGUAGAAGAAAUAAGGCAGCUGUAACUGUUGAAUUGGAAGCAUCGGAAAACCCUACUUUAGAAGCUAUUAAAGCUGACCCAACUUUAUUUUGUACAGCUUUUAAAAAAAAUAGGUUUUAUAUGUUCACCAAGAGGCAUCCAGAUGAUAACAAUAAAAAUGGAGAUACGGACAGAGACGUUUUUAAUGAAAAACCAUCUAAAGAAGAUGUCAUAUCGGCUACGGAGUCAUCUGGAUUUCAAAGAGUUUAUGAGAAUGCAAUCAUUCAUACUGAAAUGGGUGAUAUUCACAUAAAAUUAUUUGUUAAAGAAGCUCCUAAAACAUGUGAAAAUUUUUGUGUGCACAGUAAAGAAGGGUAUUUUAACGGCCAUAUUUUUCAUAGAGUAAUUAAAGGUUUUAUGAUACAAACGGGUGAUCCAACAGGUACUGGUACCGGUGGCGAAAGUAUCUGGGGUGGAGAAUUCGAAGAUGAAUUUCAUCCAAAAAUUAAACACGACCGUCCUUAUACAUUGAGUAUGGCAAAUGCAGGACCAAAUACAAAUGGAAGUCAGUUUUUUAUCACAGUCAUUCCGACACCUUGGCUCGAUAAUAAGCAUACUGUUUUUGGAAGAGUAUUUAAGGGAAUGGAAGUUGUUCAAAACAUUGGAAAUGUGAAAUGCAAUCCCAAAACCAAUAAGCCUUAUGACGACGUGAGAAUUGUCAGCAUUAGUUUAAAAUAA